CGCCAAAACUAAACAUUUCACGUCGUUAACCCCUCUCUGCGUAGACUGCGUGCCACUUAGCCAUGCCCGACUCUCCCACCCCUGAGGAGCGCGAAAAGGCUGAUGCCGAACUCAAGGCCAAAGAAGCUGCCGAGCAGGCAGCACUGCCGUACAGGUGGACGCAGACGAUCAAGGAUGUCGAUGUAACUAUCCCUAUCGACUUGAAGUACAAAGGGCGCGACCUCGAUGUCAAGCUUUCCAAAACUGGACUGCGUGUCGCUAUAAAAGGCCAGGAUCCGAUCAUAGAUGGCACUCUCCCCCAUCCCAUCCAUGUAGAUGAAUCCACCUGGACCCUCGAAACGAUCCCCUCGGGCAAGGAAAUCAGCGUCCACCUCGACAAAGUCAACCAAAUGGAGUGGUGGGCCCACGUGAUUACCUCGGCCCCGAAGAUCGAUACCUCCAAGAUCCAGCCCGAGAACAGCAAGUUGGGCGAUUUGGAUGGCGAGACUAGGACCAUGGUUGAGAAGAUGAUGUUUGAUCAGCGACAGAAGGAGAUGGGAAAGCCUACGAGCGACGAACAGAAGAAGUUGGAUUUGCUGGAGCAGUUCAAGAAGCAGCACCCGGAGAUGGACUUCUCCAACGUGAAAAUGGGUUGAGGAAAAGGUGUAGACGCAGCGAGCGGUAAUGAGACAAUGACAUAUGACAUACGGGUAAUGAAGUCAAAAGCAACAAAUCACAGCUAGCCAUGCUGGGGUAAUGGGUCACUACAUCCCGUCCAUUUGCCCACAUAUAUCUAUUCAAGUCUUCUCUGUCCACUCAUUUCUCUCUCUAACCUCGUUGAGUAAUAGCUCCCCUUGACCUCAUUGUUCCUUAAAGCACUUAAGAGUUUGAAGGUUUAAAAGUUCUUCCCUGCUUAAAAUCGUUUCUAAGUAUUCUUUCGCGUCAUUUU